UAAUGCACUUCAAAUUCCAAAUACCAAUCCCCAUUAGUGUUAUAUUACUUUUACUAACAUCAUUUCCUUUUCUCUAUCUCUUUGUCAUAUCGACAAGCAUUAUCUUAUUUCACACUUUUUUUUUCCCUUUCUGUCUCUUUGUUGUAUCUCUUACAAUGUCAAACUUGCAUUACAUGUUCAGCAUGUUAGCAGUUCUUGUUCUUCUUCAAAAUCCUAGUAUUGUGCAUUGUCAUACCAAGGGACUUAGACCAAGACGUUCUUCAGGGAAUGGUUUAUCAACCAACAUGACUAGAGUGCAGUAUUCUGAACAGCAAUUCAUGAAAUGGGUGAAUUUUGUUGGUACCCUCAAACACUCAGUUUUUAAGGCAGCUAAGAAUAAGCUUGUGGCUUCUUACACUUUGCACGUUGAUAAGAAUCCUAGUAUUGGAGAUUUCACCUCAAUUCAAGAAGCCAUUGAUUCUCUUCCAUUCAUCAAUCUCGUGAGAGUGGUCAUAAAAGUCCAUGCAGGGGUCUACACGGAGAAAGUUAACAUUCCUCCUUUGAAAUCCUACAUAACAAUAGAAGGAGCUGGUGCAGCUAAAACCAUUAUUAAAUGGGGUGACACUGCUCAAACACCUGGCCCAAAUGGAAGGCCACUAGGAACCUAUGGUUCAGCAACUUUUGCUGUUAAUUCACCUUAUUUCAUUGCCAAGAACAUCACAUUCCAAAACACAACUCCUGUUCCUGCACCAGGAGCAGUUGGAAAGCAAGCAGUGGCAUUAAGGAUUUCAGCAGAUACAGCAGCAUUUGUUGGAUGCAAAUUCUUAGGAGCUCAAGACACACUUUAUGAUCAUGUGGGCAGACACUACUAUAAGGAUUGUUACAUUGAAGGCUCUGUUGAUUUCAUAUUUGGCAACUCUCUCUCGCUGUUUGAGGGAUGUCACGUGCAUGCCAUAGCAGAGAAUACAGGGGCCGUAACAGCACAAGGAAGGAGUAGUAUGUUGGAGGAUACAGGGUUCUCAUUUGUGAACUGUAAGGUCACGGGAUCAGGGGCACUAUACCUUGGAAGGGCUUGGGGACCCUUUUCUCGCGUGGUCUUUGCUUACACAUAUAUGGACAACAUCAUCAUUCCCAAAGGCUGGUAUAACUGGGGUGAUCCUAACCGUGAAAUGACAGUAUUCUAUGGACAGUACAAAUGCACAGGACCUGGAGCAAGCUUUGCAGGGAGAGUAUCAUGGUCGAGAGAACUCACUGACGAAGAAGCCAAACCUUUUCUUUCCCUUGCCUUUAUUGAUGGAACUGAAUGGAUCAAAUUCUAGUUUAACUCAUUCAUACACACAUUCUUUUUUAUAUGGAUUUUUCAGUUUCAACUUCUAUGGUGAAAGAAAGCAUUUUGAUUUGUAAAUUAUAUAGUAUAUCGCGGCUUCAUAAUUUGAUAAUAAUGCCCUUAUGAGUCCUCAAUAUAUGUUCCAUGAAUUAUAAUUUAUAAUUGCAACUGUCU